AACUAGCAUUUUUUGGUAAAACAUUGUUAUAUAAUGACUUACAAGAACAAAUAACAUCUGCAACAUUUUUAGCUGAUGAUGAUGAUAAUAAAAUCAUUGAAGACUUUGAAAUAAAAGAAGAAAUUAAGUAUAAUUCAGGUAUUAUUGAACAUUUUGAUGUUGAAAAUAUUAUAUGUUUAAAUAAUUAA